AUGGCCAGUAGAGAGAUAUGCUUGGUUCUAGGAUUUCUGACGUUUUUGUGGGCUGAAUUGGGUGGUCAAAGCAGGCAACAGGAGGAACCAAAAUGCAGGUUGAUGGGCAAGUUUAAUUUGAGUGGAUAUGUAGAUGCCAAAAACCAUUCACUUGUUAUUGGAGGACUAUUUCCCAUUCACUCCAGGAUCAUCCCGGCCGAUGAAUCUGUCUUGGAGCCAGUAUCUGCCAUGUGUGAAGGGUUUAACUUUCGGGGUUUCCGCUGGAUGAAAACCAUGAUCCACACGCUCAAGGAGAUUAACGAGAGGAAGGAUAUCUUGCCAAACCACACUCUGGGCUAUCAGAUCUUUGAUUCCUGUUACACCAUCUCCAAAGCAGUGGAGUCAGCUUUGGUGUUCCUUACAGGGCAGGAAGAAUACCAGCCCAAUUUCAGAAACAGCACUGGAUCAAUUCUGGCAGGAAUUGUUGGAUCAGGGGGAUCGUCCUUAUCAGUCGCUGCUUCAAGAAUUCUAGGGUUGUAUUAUUUACCUCAGGUGGGCUAUACAUCUUCCUGUUCAAUUCUCAGUGACAAAUUCCAGUUUCCAUCUUUUAUUCGCAUAGUACCUACUGAUAAGAUCCAGUCCGAGGCCAUGGUGAAUCUUAUAAAACACUUUGGAUGGGUCUGGGUAGGUGCUAUUGCAGCUGAUGAUGAUUAUGGAAAAUAUGGUGUAAAAACUUUUAGGGAAAAAAUGGAGAGUGCCAACCUCUGUGUCGCUUUCUCUGAAACCAUUCCCAAAGUCUACUCCAAUGAGAAAAUGCAGAAGGCUGUUGAUGCAGUAAAGACGUCCACUGCCAAAGUCAUUGUGCUUUUUUCAUCUGACAUUGACCUCAGCCCUUUUGUGCUGGAAAUGAUUCAUCAUAACAUUACUGACAGGACAUGGAUAGCGAGCGAAGCAUGGAUUACCUCAGCUCUCAUUGCAAAGCCUGAGUACUUUCCAUAUUUUGGUGGAAGUAUUGGAUUUGCAAUACCAAGAACUGAUAUACCAGGAUUAAAAGAAUUUCUUUAUGAUGUACAUCCCAGCAAGGAUCCAAAUGAUGUCUUGACCAUUGAAUUCUGGCAAACUGCUUUUAACUGUACUUGGCCUAAUAGUAGUGUUCCAUACAAUGUUGACCACAGAGUGAAUAUGACUGGUAAAAAAGACAGACUAUAUGACAUGUCAGAUAAGCUCUGUACUGGAGAGGAGAAGUUGGAAGACCUUAAAAACACCUACCUAGAUGUGUCUCAGCUAAGAAUCACAAACAAUGUCAAACAAGCUGUGUAUGCUAUGGCUUAUGCUCUGGAUCAUCUAAGUAAAUGUGAAGAUGGACAGGGACCAUUUACUGACAAUAAGAUUUGUGCAAAGAUACCUACCUUUGAGCUCUGGGAG